AUGGCGUCGGCCGUGACGUCUUUCCCCGCUGGCAAGCAGCCAUAUGCGUGCAUUCGAUGCGCUGCUCGCAAAGUCAAAUGUGACCGUAAUAGCCCAUGUGCUGCGUGUACUAGACAUCAAGUUGAAUGUGUCUUUAAUCUUGCACAUCCACCGCGAAACCGCCACAAGCGCGGCCAGCAACAGGCACUAAAAGAUCGCAUCAAGCAAUACGAAGCUCUUCUUUUAGAAAAGGGUAUCGACCCAGAAAGGCUGCCAGAUACCUCGUCCGAUCAUGGGGCACCCUCGACAUUUACUCGUCUCGAUUCCGACUUUGAUCCGCAAGAGUCCAAGGAUACAAGUCAUUACAAGUAUGCCAACAAGUGA